AUGUCCAAAAAAAAUGUGUGGUCAAAAUCACGAAACUCAAUCUGCCUGAUUCUGUUGACCAUCUUUGAAGCCAUUGUGGUUAUUGCUUUGGAGAGCGUUAUUUUUGCCAAAUUUACCAAUACAAACUUUACUAAACACAAUUUGGGAGUACCUAUUCCUUCGUACCUGAUGAUCUUUAUCUUCUCUCAGGUGUUCCAGGUUUGCUUGGCUUGGGAUGCUGUUCGUGCCCAAAAUACCAUUCAAGUUAUUGCUUUUGUAUUGUUUAAUAUGUGUUGCUUUAUCUACGCUGCCUUUCAAUUCAAACAAAUAGCCGACGCCAUCAACGACGGAAUCAAUCCGGGUCCAGGUGCUCCGUCUGGAGAUUCCCAGAAUGCAAAAGACCUAAAGGCACUUAUUGACCAGUUAUUGAUUGUCUGUACAGUCAUUACUGGUGUUUGUGAAUUAUUGUACUUUUAUAUUGGUGCAAGACUCUACCAAGAAUUUGGAUGGCGUAUCUACAAGAAGAUUGGAGCCGAUCCAGAAAUUCGAAACAUGUAUCGCUGGUACCAGAUUUUCUUGACCAUCCUUAAACUGGACAUCUUCUUCUUGCUCGGUUACUCGAUCCAAUAUCUUGUUCUCGUACUCACACCCGGAGAUGUCGAAUAUCCUCUAACUAUUAUUGCUCUACCAAUUACCUGUCUCGUCUUGAUUCUGGCCGUUUAUGCUGUUCGUCAUGAAUCAAGACCCCUGGUGAUCUUAUUCUUCUUGGGACUCAUGGCUGGUGUCGCAUAUUUCGUAUUCAAAAUCUACAGAAUUUAUGACAUAAACCAACAUUACAAGUACAUUGGUGUCAGCGACUUCUUGACCUUUUUUGCAAGUGUAACACUACUUCUUCUGGUCUUGACAAUCAUCAAUGCCAGUAUUUGUUGGUUCAACUUUGGAAAAGGACUAAAGUUACAUUGUAUCUAUGUCAAAUAG